CCUUACAUAAUUUGUGUAAAACGAAAGUAGCAUAAAGGACAUCUGUCCACAGAAGUAUUAUUAGUACUAUUUUUAUAGCUCUUUGAUCUGUCAAAUACAAUUUUUAUCAUUUGAGAUGAUUGCAGUCAGUCUGACAUUAUGAACUUGUCGUCAAUUUCGCUUCAGAAAUACCAUAUUUCAAAUGAAUUUGGAUUUUUGAUAGAAGAACCCCUGGAAUACCUGCCAGAGUAUUUUCAGCAAUGGAAUUCUGUUGCCAAAGCAAUGCCAGAAUUAGUGAAGACUAAACAGUUAAGAGAUGCUGUACAUAAGAUGACAUUGUUAAACUUCAAACAACUACAUGGUCAUCGACAGUAUAGACUGGCUCAUCUGCAGUUGUCUUUAAUAGCAGUAGGAUAUAUAUGGCAGGAGGGAGAUAGUGGAGCAGCAAAGACUUUACCAGAGAAUCUGUCUGUCCCAUGGUGUGGUGUGUCUGAAUAUGUAGGUCUUCAACCUGUUAUAUGUCAUGCUAGUCUUGUUCUGUGCAACUGGAGAUACACUGAUGAUGGCAGAACUGUGGAAUGUUUAUAUAAGUUACCUGGAGGUUCUGAUGCAGAAUGGUUUAUAACAGUGACAGUACGAACUGAACUGGCAUUUGCCGAAGGUCUUCAGAACCUGAUGCAGGUACUUAACUAUGCAGAACUUAACAAUAAACAGGAACUGGUUGACUGUCUCAUCAAAGCCACACAAACAGUAAAGUCUAUGCAGAAAACUGUGUCCACCAUGCAUGAGAAAUUGUCUGCUGAAAUAUUCUAUGACGUGAUGAGACCUUUCCUCACAGGAUGGGGUGGAGCUGGAUCACCUCUACCAGAUGGUAUUAUAUAUGAAGGAGUCAAUGACAAACCAAUGAAGAUGACUGGUGGCAGUGCUGCACAAAGCUCAACAAUACAGUGUAUUGAUGCCAUUCUAGGGGUCAAACAUAGCCAAGAAAAUAAUGACUUUCUGAUGAAUAUGAGACAUUACAUGCCCCCAUCUCAUAGAGAGUUUCUGUCUGCCAUAGAGCGAGAAUCAAAAGUAAAAUCUGUCGUGGAAACAUGUGACUGUGUUAAGUUAAGAGAAGCCUACAAUCAGUGUGUGAAGGCAGUGGUAGAUUUCAGGAGCUAUCAUAUACAGAUUGUAACCAAAUACAUAGUACUGAUGGCAAAUAGAGAAUCAAGGAACAAGGACUAUGAGUCAUUAGCUACCAUGGGUACUGGUGGAUCAAGUAUACUUCCAUUCUUAAAAAGUUUACGCAGCACAACAUCUGAUUGCUUGAAAGAAACUGAAAAUUGAGGAUACUGAGAAGUAUGGGAGGCCAUUACUGCCAUAAUUAAUGAAUAUACAACCUGUCAGUGAAUGAGCCAUUCAUUGCAAAAUAUUUCAGUGCUGUUUGGUCCUAAAUUUAAUACCAACCACAGAAUUAUCAUUAAAGAUAUCCUUUAUCCAUCUUUCACUUGUAUUUUAUCUUUAGAUAUUUACUUGCAAUGCUAAAAAUCCUCGUCAAAUAUCAUGCAGGAACAGAUAGUUGUUAAAAUAACUUCCAGUGUCCUAGCUGUAGUACACAUCAAUACUGUAUUAAGUUAAUAUACAUAAACAUGUUAAUGUUAUGUUUAUAUAAAUGAUAUGUAGUAAUUGUUCAUACUUUCAAAUAUGGAUUUUGGGUGUAGUAUACUUUUAAUGUAUUGGCUUUAGUUGUUGUUUAGAAGCAGGAGUUGCACGUACACAUACACUGCACAUGUUUAUGUUUUGUCAAAUGAAUUCUCGAUGCAGUGCAUUGCAUCAAGUAUUACUUCUCAUUCUUUAAACAUGUGACUUCAAAUCACAUGCCCCUCAUCGAUGUGGGUUCUAGCCUCACUUGGAACGUUGAAUUCUUCAUGUGAGGAAGCCAUCUAACUACUGGCCUAUGUAAAGUGGGCGGUUCUACCCAGGUGCCUGCUUGAGAUGAAAUAAUGCACGGAGGGGCACCUGCGUUCUUCCUCCACCAUCAAAGCUGGAAAGUUGCGAUAUGACCUAUUAUUAUGUUGAUGCAACGUUAACCUACACAAAAAAAAUAAACACAUUACUUUAAGUUACGUACAUUUUGUAUUAAUCAAAAUGAUGUUGAAAUGCAAUGCUUUGGAUGACAAUUCAUUGGGCAGGAUGGAACACUAGACCAAACAACAUUGAAAUGUACUGCACUGAAUCACUUGUGCAUAUGCUAAUUUUGGUGGUAAUGGCUGCCCGUAGAGAGAGUCAAGGCUGUGAUAUCUUUGAUGUUUGUUGCUUACAUAUAGGAAGAGUUGGAGAACUGAAGGACAGUAUUAAAAAUUUGGUGCAAACAAAUCAAAUGGAAAUGAAUUUGGGUAACAAUGUGGUUGUGAAUUUAACUGUGUCUCCUUUUGUUAGUUAUAGUAUACAUUAAUAAAAAUGCUACAAUAACAGUUUACUCAAAUUUAAAAUAGAUGUGAUAGUUUAUGUGUACAUAAUCAGUAGCCUUGUGUGUAUGUUUAUCCAGUUGUACUAUUUUAAAUGUACAGUGCAACCUCUGUAGAGCAACACCCUUUGGGAGAUAUCACUGUUAUGUAGAGGUUGUUGUUCUGAAGAGAUAAAUUUGAUAGUAUAUCUCAGCUUAGGGAAACUUUGAUGAUGUU